AUGGUUCUCGCCAGUUACAUCCGGCUCGCCCUCGUUGGCGCAGCCCUCCUGUUCUCACAGGCCCAGGCAUCGUUCGACUUCUCAUCCUGCGCGGCAAACUGUGUUACUUCGUCCGGCUGUGACGCCGACAACGCGCGAUGCAUGUGCAGGGAAGCACGGGAGCUUCUGCUCGACUCGGUCAUCUCGUGUCUGUUCUUCAACUGCAAGGACGACCUCCGCGAUUUCGAGGUCGCCUUCCUCGACCCGAUCGAGGAAGGGUGCGAUGACAGCGACCGCGACAUCCCCCGCUCCAAGCUCCGGGCUGCCGAGAGCCUGGCGAGCAGCUACAUCGGCAAGAUUCCUUCCCCCACGACGGCCAAGAGCACGGUGACCCCCCCGCCCAAGCCGACCAAGAAGCCAGACCCCACCACGGCAGAGGAGCCCUCGCCCUCGACGACGGCGACGACGGAGGAUAGCGCGCCUUCAAGCACCUCGACCGUGAACAGGCAACCUGAAGAGUCCUCAUCAACCACCGCCGCCGUGACUCCGGCCGUGGUACCGGAUCCCGCCACCCAGAGCUCCGCCGCACCGUCCGAGUCACCCACGCCCGACGACUCUGGCUCCGGUGGCGGUCGUCCUGGCGGUGGUGAUCCGUUCUCGACUCCCGGCGGCUCCGUUGGAUCAGCCAUUCAGCCGUUUUUUGCGUUGCUUGGGUUGCCCGUAGUGGUUGCCCUGCUGGCUUUGGAGUGA